GCCUCCCGCCCCACUCCUCCACAGGAGGGAGAUCGGGGUCGCUGGCAUGGGCACUUGGCAGUCACCCGGAUUGGGGUUGAUGAGGGGUUCUCAGUUCUCGCCCCUGUGCAGCCGCCGCCGAGCAGAAUGCCUGGCUUGUCCGCAGCCACUGGGACACCUCGCGGGCUGGGCGGGCCGGAGGGUGAGAUCGCUGGGAGGCGGGUGCCUUCUCGCCCUGUGACGCCUCUGGGCCCCAGGGGUCGGCCUCCGGCGCACAGGGCUCCCCAGCAUCCUGGACGCGGGUCCACUGCCCGCAUGAAGUCACCUCAGAGAGGAUGAACUUCGGGUUGCCUUGUCCGGCUGUGCUGCCAGGCGGGGCAGCUGACCUGCUGAUGAAGUGGCUUUCUUCAUCUUCUUGCCCACGGGACAGCGGGCUGGGAAGCCAGGGGCCGCCGGGACCUGGGGCUGGAAGCCGCAUCUGCCCACAGCCGCAGCCUCCUGCACCUGCCAUCCUGGUGGCGCCCUGGCGUCGGAGAAGCAGCAGGCGCGGAGCUCCUGCAGCUGCACCCCUGCAGCAACCCGUCCCGGCGCAGGCGGCAGUGGAAGGCGGCCUCCUCGCACAGCUCCUGCAGCCCCAGGACCAGGGGUGCGGCCAGCACCGCCCUCACCCCCCGCGUCUCGUGGACAUUAGUCCUCCCUGGAGGCGGCCGGACCCGAGCGAGGCUCGCAGCGAUCGGCCCCCGCGAGGACGCGCAUGCAGGGCUCAGGAUCCCGCACUCUGGUCCUGCGGCACCUUUCAGCAGCCCUGCUCCUCCUCUUGUUAAACUUUCGUCACUGCCAUGAAAAGCAUCCAGGCGUCCUUGAUUUCGACGCUGCGUCACGCUCAGCCGAGCUCAUCGGACCGGCGGUUCUUCCCAGGGCCCGCGGGCAGCUUGUUCCCGGGCGGCGGCUUCUCCUGGACGCAGCUCCUUGUGGGCCCACCAGACUCCGGGGAGCCAAGGCCUGCCGCGGCCAGCAGGCCUGGGGAGAGGAAGAGUAAGGCGGGCUCUGCAGGGAAGCGGGCGGGGACCAUGAGAGAGGCGGGUCACUCUGGGCUCCAAGCGCAGCCUCUUGGGAUUCCCCGGGACCCACGGCUUAUAAUGCGCUUAAAUCCCACGCCUCGCCGGACAGACAGCGCGUCAUCGUCACCGCCCAGCGCUCCUGACCUGCUCCCACUCGCGCUGCAGCCCAGGGUGUGUGGGGGAGAGACGGACCCAGGGAGGGAAAAGCGCUGGGAAGGCGAACAUCUUUUCAUAAACUUUUCCCCUUCUAUAUGCCAUCUCUGAUGGGAGCCUCUUUACAUCUUUUGUUUAUUUACUAAUUGGGUUGUUUGAUUUCUUAUUGUUGAGUUGUAAGUGGUUUUUAAUGGUCUGGAUGCAAGACAAGGGUUUUGCAAGUAUUUUCUCCCUGUCUGUGACUUGUUUCUCCAUUCUCUUAAUAUUUCCUUUCGCAGAGCAAAAGUUUUUAAUUGUAACGAAGUCAUACCAAUAUCUUCUUUCAUGGUAAAAUGUGCUUUUAUGUACUUUAGUGUUGUAUCUACAAAGUAAUUGCCAAAUCCAAAGUUACCUAAAUAUCUAUUCUUUUUGUUAUUUUACAGAAGUUUUACAGCUUUUGGAUUUAAAUUUAGGUCUAAAAAUUGAACUCGUAAAAGUAGAGAGUAUAAUGAUGUUUACCGGAGGCUGUGUUGCUGGGGAGAAAAAAAAUGAGAAGUUGUUCACAGGUGCAAAGAUUCAGUUAAACAGGAGAAAUGCGUUUUGAAAUCUAUUGCACAGCAGGAUGACUAUAGUCAAUAAUAAUGUACUGUAUAUUUCAAAAAAACAAAAAGUAAAUUUCAAAUAUCUAACC